CUGAGGCGUGCACAUCAUCACAGGCCAACCAGCCAGCCAGCACUUCUUAGGAGCUAGUAGUCCCAUGUCCAUGGCCAACUCGACUGCGCUUCCAUGCCUCUUGCUGCUAACCAUCGUGUCCCUUGCCGCCGCGAACGGCGGCGGUAGCAACUCCACCCACUCCAGGCAGGUCCGCCUGGCCUGCGGCGCGUCCGCCUCGGCCACCGACUCCGACGGCCGUGCGUGGGACGGUGACUCGGCGUCCAAGUUCUUGACAUCGACAAAGUCCGGCGUGGCGGCCCGUGCGACAUAUCAUGACCCAUCGCUGCCAUCUUCCGUGCCUUACAUGAUGGCGCGCGUGUUCGCGUCGAGCCACACGUACACCUUCCUCGUCCGCCCGGGCCGCGUGUUCCUUCGCCUCUUCUUCUACCCGUCCGACUACGGCAACCGCAACGCUUCGAGCGCCCUCUUCGGCGUCACGGCGGGCGGCGUCACGCUGCUGCGCGACUUCAACGCGUCCCAGAGCGCGCUCGCGGUCGACGCCGCCUACCUCGUCCGCGAGUUCUCCGUCAACGUCAACUCGAGCGGGAGGCUGGAUGUCACCUUCGCCCCGUCCACCGGCGCCUCCUCCCACUACGCGUUCGUGAACGGCAUCGAGGUCGUGCCCACGCCGGACGUGUUCACGGUGCCCGUGCCCACCUUCGCCAACGGGGGGCGCCCGGACCCGAUGCCCAUCCGCGCCGACACCGCCUUCCAGACCAUGUACCGUCUCAACGUCGGCGGCACGGCCGUCUCCCCGGCUGACGACUCCGGAAGCUUCUACCGGACCUGGGACACCGACUUCCCUUACAUAUUCGGCACGGCCGUCGGGGUCUCUUCCAAGAAGGACAGCGACGUCACCAUCCGAUACCCGCCGUCCGUUCCGCCGCACAUCGCGCCGGAGGGCGUGUACGCGUCGGCGAGGUCUAUGGGCCCGGAUCCGCAGAUCAACCUGAACUACAAUCUCACUUGGAUCCUGACCGUGGACGCGGGGUUCUACUACCUCCUGAGGUUCCACUUCUGCGAGAUCCAAAACCCGAUCACCAGGGUGAACCAGCGCUCCUUCUACAUCUACAUCAACAACCAGACGGCGCAGGAGCAGAUGGACGUCAUCACGAGGAGCGGAGGGAUCGGGGUUCCGGUGUACACCAACUACCUCGUCGUAACGACGGGCUCCGGCCAGACGGACAUGUGGGUGGCGCUGCACCCGGACCCCGGCAGCAGGCCACAGUACUAUGACGCGAUACUCAACGGGCUCGAGGUGUUCAAGCUCCAGACGUAUGGCAGCAACAACCUCGCCGCGGCCAACCAGCCGAUCCCUCAGAAACAGCUCUACCAAAAGGAGUUCAAGAGGGACAGUGCCGUUGCUGCGGUCGUUGGUAGAGUGGCCGCCGGUGCCCUCCUCGCCGCGUUGAUCGGCUGCGCCUGCGCCUGCGCUAUCUGCAGGCGGAGAAGGAAGUAUGCGUCGGUGGCCGUGUGCGAGACAGAUUGCGUUCCUGAGCAACCAGCUCAUGGUCUACGUAGCCCAAAGAAAAGGGGAAAGGUGUGGUAGAUCAAGGGAGUAUAGACCAUCUUUAUCAUGUCCGUUCAACCCUGCCGAUAUUCGAGCAGCUGUCUGUAAAAUCACAGAGGAUUUGCAGCGGCAGCAUGCUUUUUUUUUUUUUUUGAAAGAUCCAGCUCCUGGCUGGCAUAUAUUAAAACGAAGCAGGUAGAGAGCGAGAAUACAACAAGGUGGUGGCGAUCCAUAACGGAUCAAAGGAAAAAAUUCAGAAGAAACAAAAAAGGAUAAGACACAUCCGUCCCGGUAGGGAAAAAUCCACUACGUGACUACUCCCGUUGAGUCCCCGAAGGGGUGCACGAGGCAGGCCGCUCCUGCCUGCCUCCAAAGCUCCAUGGUAUCCUGUAUGGAAUUUGUUAUGUUUCUGACGGCGGGAGUCUUAAGUCUGAAGGUGCAGUCGUUCCUCUCCUUCCAGAUUUUUGAUAAGAUAAUUAGAAUCAUAGUCCUAAUCC